AUGAUAAGAAGCAGCGAUACAACAACAGUGAUAUAUAAUCAUAGCAAUAACAAUAGAAAGAACAAUCGACUGAUAUUAUUGAUAUUUUUAAUCGAUUUAACGAGUGGAUCGUAUUGUGCAAUAAAGCAUAUUAAUUCAAGCACACCAACCACUGGUAUUCUAUUUUUUCAUUUUGAUUUUUACAAUUAGACAAAAACCUUCAGGUAUAAUUGAAUCACCUGGAUUUCCAUCUCCAUAUUCUGCACCUCUCGAUUGUGUAUUCAAUAUAUCUACAGAUAAUUCAAAUGUGAUUCAAUUAUUCUUCUUAAACUUUGACCUGGCAGAAAAAAAUAAAUUAAGUAAUCAAUGUCUUGAUGCUUAUCUUCUUAUUGUAGUUGUUGAUCGACAUGGUAAGUAAGAAUUCAACUUCUUAUAUCGCAUAAAAAUCUUAGGUCGUCAUCAUGUCGGAGAAAGAUUGUGCGGCAAUUCGCUGCCGGCCGAAAUAACUACAAUGCAAUCCGGAAUACAAGUUCAGUUCGUUACAACUACAUCGAAAAAUUAUCAUAAAGGAUUCAAAAUUCAAUAUCGAAUAUUGUCAGAGGGUAUGUUUUCAUCAACCCACGGGGUGGGGAACCUGGCCUCAUGUUGGCUUGGCAAGUUUGCGUGAGUACCUGUCCUGGUUUAAGCCAGGGUACAAGGACCGGACAGCAUUUGCCCACGUCUGCAUCAACCAAUCCGCAAUAAUAUAUUUUUCCUCCAGAAAUCAUAAGUGAGCCAAGAUCAUUUGUUACCGAGCCAAUUUAUUCCAAUGUUUGUGGCGGGCAUUCGAUGAAAAAUCAAUUAUCCGGUGAAAUCACUUCACCCGGAUACCCCCUAACUUAUCCAAGAAAUUCCACGUGUAAUUGGUUGAUUCGAGUUGAACGCGGUCAACGAAUCUAUAUUCGAAUUGUGCAUUUACACUUGGCACCAACUAUUGGUAAUGUUAUUUUCACACGCUCUGUGUAUUCAUCAAAACGUCUCAAAUUACAGCUGAAUGUGACAGAGCAUCAUUAACAAUUCUGGAUGGUUAUAAACAUGAGAGCACCUAUUCGGAUAGGAAUAAUGAGAUUUCUGAAGCGCGAUUUUGUGGAAGUCAAUUAUAUUAUUCGGAAGAAGGAAUGAAGAGUUAUAUGUCAAGUGAUAAUCGAUUACUUGUCAGAUUCAUAACAACCGAUAAUCCUCCAAGUUCAAUGUUAGGAGCUGAACGAGUUGGAUUUAAGGUAACUUUGAGGAGAAAACAUGAGCCAAGAACGAGAAAUUUGUAGAUAAUUUGGACCGCUGUUGAGGGACUUCUAGGAGAAAAUGAGAACUUGAGAAAGGAGGAGAAUGAACGAUGCAAUAGCCAAUUUGUGUGUGAUGGUGGGCAGAUUUGUGUUGAACAAGGACAUGGAAUAUGCGCAUCGAGAUCACGAUUAUGUAUUAGUAAAUCAUUGGUUUGCGAUGGUGUUCAUAAUUGUGUUGAGGGAGAUUUUUCAGAUGAACAACAUUGUGAGUUUAUCACUUUCAUACCGGACGAGAUGUGUCUGCGUCUCUGCUUUUUGUGUUGUGUCUAUUCAAAAUCCUGGCAGACCCUCUUUGGGGGCAAAAAAACGUGUAUAAGUUUUGAGAGCUAAAAAUUUCGUCUUUCAGGUUAUUCCCGUGAGAUCGUAACAUCUGCCGCAUUGGGAUUCACUUUCAUCGUUUUAACAAUGCUCAUUUUCGUUUGCUGUGAUCAAAUUCGCAAACGUCGUAGAUUACGUGAACUAAUACGCGAAAGACGAAACAAUACAAACAACAAUAAUACCUCAAAUGGUAAAUGUACUCGUUCAAAUAAUGUUCGUUUACCGCCUAACAGGUGA